GUAGUUCUAUUUGUAGUUUUUUAAGGAACCUCCAUACUGUUCUCCAUAGUGGCUGUAUCAAUUCCCAUUCCCACCUCUGGCCACUUUAUUAAAUGUCCUAGUCAUCAUGGUUUUUUCUUUUUUGUUUUUCCUGUUGUCUUUUGUGUGUUUUCUUUUUUCCACUUUCCUCUGCUGGCCUUGAACUUAUAAUCCGAUUAUAAUUUUUCUGCUUUUUGUCCUCAAAGUGCUAACAAUCAUAUUUAAAGAUAUUUUUCUUUGGAAAUCCAGCAUUUAUCUGGAUCUGUAAGCACCACUGAAGAAAACAACCGUCAUACCAUGAUGUCAUUGAUAUUCUCCGUCUGAAAUUGUCUUUACAAAUUAUCCUCCAGGAAAAAGGUGCUGAGCCUCCUUCCUGCCCUGUUUCUGAAGGCCCAUCAUGCACCGAAACGUCCGCUACAACUGCAGGGUGAUGUUUCUGAACAGGAAGAUCCUGCUCAUCAGACCCAAAGUGGCCUUGGCCAAUGAAGGCAACUACCGAGAGCUGCGCUGGUUUACCCCGUGGUCCCGGAGUCGGCAAACAGAGGAAUAUUUUCUCCCCCGGAUGAUACAGGACCUGACAAAGCAGGAAACCGUGCCCUUUGGGGAUGCUGUCCUCUCCACCCGGGACACGUGCAUCGGGAGUGAGGUCUGCGAGGAACUCUGGACACCCCACAGCCCACACGUGGACAUGGGCCUGGACGGCGUGGAGAUCUUCACCAAUGCCUCAGGCAGCCACCACGUGCUGCGCAAAGCCCACGCCAGGGUGGACCUGGUGACCAUGGCCACCACCAAGAACGGCGGGAUUUACUUGCUGGCCAAUCAGAAGGGCUGUGACGGGGACCGGCUGUACUACGAUGGCUGUGCCCUGAUAGCCAUGAACGGCAGCAUCUUUGCCCAGGGGUCCCAGUUCUCUCUGGACGACGUGGAAGUCCUCACCGCCACGUUGGAUUUGGAGGACGUCAGAAGCUACAGGGCAGAGAUUUCGUCUCGAAACCUGGCGGCCAGCAGGGUGAGCCCCUACCCCCGCGUGAAGGUGGACUUCGCCCUGUCCUGCCACGAGGACCUGCUGGAGCCGCUCUCUGAGCCCGUUGAGUGGAAAUACCACAGUCCCGCCGAGGAGAUCAGCCUCGGACCUGCAUGCUGGCUCUGGGAUUUUUUAAGACGUAGCCAACAGGCGGGGUUCUUCCUGCCCCUGAGCGGCGGGGUGGACAGCGGGGCCACCGCCUGUCUCGUCUACUCCAUGUGCCACCAGGUCUGCGAGGCUGUGAAGCACGGAAGUCAGGAGGUGCUGGCCGACGUCCGGACCAUUGUGAACCAGACCAGCUACACCCCCCAGGACCCCCGGGAGCUCUGCGGCCGCAUCCUGACCACCUGCUACAUGGCCAGUGAGAACUCCUCCCGGGAGACGUGCAACAGAGCCAGAGAUCUCGCCCAGCAGAUCGGAAGCCACCACAUCGGUCUCAACAUCGACCCAGCCGUGAAGGCCGUCCUGGGCAUCUUCAGCCUGGUGACGGGUAAAAGCCCUGCGUUUGCAGCUCACGGAGGAAGCAGCCGGGAGAGCCUGGCCCUGCAGAACGUACAGGCGCGGGUGAGGAUGGUCAUUGCCUACCUCUUCGCUCAGCUGAGCCUCUGGUCCCGGGGCGCCCCAGGCAGACUUCUCGUGCUUGGAUCUGCCAACGUGGAUGAGAGCCUCCUCGGCUACCUGACCAAGUACGACUGCUCCAGCGCAGACAUCAACCCCAUAGGCGGGAUCAGCAAGACGGACCUGAGAGCCUUCGUCCAGCUCUGCAUGGAGCGCUUCCAGCUUCCCGCCCUGCAGAGCAUCCUGGUAGCGCCGGCCACUGCCGAGCUGGAGCCCUUGGCCCACGGACGGGUGUCCCAGACUGACGAGGAAGACAUGGGAGUGACCUACGCGGAGCUGUCGGUCUACGGGAGGCUCCGGAAGAUCGCCAAGAUGGGGCCCUACAGCAUGUUCUGCAAACUCCUCUAUGUGUGGAAGGACGUCUGCACCCCCAGACAGGUGGCCGACAAAGUGAAGCGGUUUUUCUCGAAGUAUUCCACGAACAGACACAAAAUGACCACACUGACCCCCGCGUAUCACGCCGAGAGCUACAGCCCAGACGACAACAGGUUCGACCUGCGGCCGUUUCUCUACAACACCCGCUGGCCUUGGCAGUUCCGCUGCAUAGAAACUCAGCCAUUCAUAGGUGGGCCUGGUCAGGAUGUUUCCCGUGAGCUAAACAAAGGAAGUAUCCCUUUAGUGACGAACUAGCGCAGCGGCCGGAGCUAGCCGGUGGGGAGUGGGGAGCAACCAUGAGGAGAUGAUGUGCAAACUGAGAUGGGACGCAAGCAGCGCUGCACGUCCGUGGCCGUGGCCCUCAUCCAGGGGUCGUCAGGCAAUGUCCGGAGACAUUUUUGGUUAUCAUCCCUGGGGAGGGGUCUGUGCUACUGCAUCUAAUGGGCGGAGUCCAGGGAUGCCGCUAAAACACCCCGUAGUGCGCAGCCCAGCCUUCUCCCCCCGCCAAGUAUUAGUCAGCCGUGGGGCCUCGCUUCCACCAGUACGCACUCAGGAGUGGGUUCCCUCACAUCAGGCCUGGGGUUCAGAGGGUGUGCAAAGACCCUCAAAUGGAGAAAAACACACGUGGGUAAAGAUGGAACUCACCUGGAAUCUUCUAGCCCAGCAGUGACCCCCGUGCCCGGGCCAAGGCACAUCCUUCCGGACUCUGGAUCCACCCACGUCUCAUCACUGAAGAUGCUGUCGGAGGACCUGCUUUUUCAGUCCCGUGACCGCAACCCUCUUUCGGGUGAAUCGGUGCAUUGUGACGGCCUAGCCGUUCAGGUCCUCGUGGUGAUGCUGCAUCUUCUCUUCUAGGUUCUCCAGCUGGAGAGGAGACAGCAUCAAGACCUGGACGGCGUGGACUGAGCCCGGGUCCUGCGCAGAGGGCUCCCCUCCCGCUAGGAUGCUCGUGCUACGUCUGCCUUGCUGGUGACUGUGCAGGAGUGGCUGGUGUGUCGACAAGCCCCAUCUGACAUAUUUCAAGGAGAGGGAUCUUUUCGGUCUAGUUUCUUUAAAAAAAAAAGGCUGAAAUACAAGAGGAUGCGAUUUUAAACCCUCUUCUUCUUUUUUUUUUUUAAAUUAAUUUUUAUUGGCGUAUAGUUGAUUUACAAUGUUCUGUUAGUUUCUGCUGUAUGGCAAAGUGAAUCAGCCAUACGCAUACAUAUAUCCGCUCUCUUUUAGAUUCUUUUCCCAUAGAGGGCAUUACAGAGUCUGAGUAGCGUUCCCUGCGCUGUACAGCAGGUACUGGGAUGGACAUACCCAGACUACUAUAUAUAAACCCUCUUCUUGAAGCGAGCGCUUUCCCCAGCCCCUCUGGCCCUUGUGCAGCAUCUCCUCUGAGUGUCACCUGAGCUGAAGGAGGAUUUUCCAGGUGGGGAUGGAGGAGGCCCUGGGGGGUGGAGGGUGGUUCUAGAACGACCAUCCCCACCCGUCACCCACCCUUGCAAUCUCUGUAGUUUUGCAAAGCAGCCCUUUCUCCUUUUCUGCCUCUGUCCUUGUGUAUGAUUCUUCUCACUAUAAACUGGCCCAUUUCCCAGAUUUCUCUUUCCUGGUCACCAUCAUUGUCAUUCCGAGGACCUAAACCUGCAGGUAGAUUUGCCUCCAUCCUUUGCCACCAAGGAAGGCUUCAAAUGCUCUCGGGGCAGUCUGCACGGUCACCAUCCCUGCCCCCCCCCCAUGUGCUGCCCUAAGGAAAGACCCCCCUGGGGGGCCAGCUGCCUGCCCCCCCACGUGCUGCCCUAAGGAAAGACCCCCCUGGGGGGCCGGCUGCCUGCCAUCCUUGCCAGCCUUCUCCUCCCAUUUCGGUCUCACCAUUCUGGGUCAGCACCCAGGUUAAGUGGGACGAUGCCAGUGUGGGCGGGAGGAGAGAGCUGGGCUCCGGUUGCGGGCCUUGCGGAAGGUCCAGCCUUGGGCCCAAGCAACACAGCUCAGCCCCCAUUCUGCUGGAACACCAGGAAUUCCUAAGAAUCCCCAGGAAUAUUUACAAACUGCAUCAGCUUGGACUUUCUGCGUGUGUGUUACCAAAAGCCUUACCCAAGAAAAGAACCUGGUGAACAAGGAAAGGAAUUUAUUGAUGGACAUGUUGAGCGGUCUGGGGGAGUGACGGCUUCAGGCCUGGCUGGACCCAGGGUUUGUGCCAUGUCGUUGGAACUUGUUUCUCUCUUCCCCUGACCCUGUCUCUGUGCGCUGGCUUCCUCUUGUGACUGCAGUCUUGCCAACUCCCAAGUUCAGAUCCAGCAGGAGAUUAGCACAUGUGCCUUCCCCGUUUCUUCAGUACAGGCCCUGGAUUAACUCAGUUGGGUCAUAUGCCCAUUUCUGAACCAGUUAGCUACUGCCCCGAGGUCCUCCAAAGAGGACCACGGGGUGUUAUCAGAAUUAGGAAAACUAGAUGAUGAGUUCUCCAAACAGGAACGGCCACUGCACACACCCUCGGGCCCUGGCCCGGGCCCAGGCUCUGGACGAUGGCUCCUUGGAUCUAAGUCCACGUUUCCUUGCAAUGCUACUGCAGGCCCUGGGCCUGCAAAGCACGUGCACAGACCUUUCCUCAACUUCCCACAGUGACAGCGGCACACAGGGACGUAUUAAUAAGACGCCAGGCUUGGGCCGAGGGAAGGGAACAAGGGCACACGCCCUCUUUCCCCGAAGGCUGCCGCCAUCUUUGUAUCUCCCACCCCCGGAAUCCAGAAACUCUCCCGCAGGCUCGGGGACAGAAUAACCCCCUCUCCCUCACCCCACCGAGGGCCACUUUUCUGUGACGUAAAGUCACUCGACAUAAAGACAACCUUUUAACCACGAUGCAAAGCCACAUCCUACUUGCCGUCCGGGGUCCUUCCAGAAGAGCGUCUUGGCCUUGUGGACCCAAAUCCCAGUGCUACGGUCUGAAUGUUUGCAUCCCACCAAAAUUCGUAUGGGAAAUUCUAAACCCCCCAUGUGAUGGUGUCAGGGGGUGUGGCCUCUGGGAGGUCAUAGGGGCCUGAGGGUGGAGCCCCAUGAAUGGGAUCACUGUCCUUAUAAUAGAGGCCCCAGGCAGCCCCUGGCCCCUGUGCCACAUGAGUACCCAGCAAGAAGUCUCUGACCCAACGCGGAAGAGGCCCCUCCCCUGGCCCUGCCCACACCUGGUCUUGACUUCCAGCCUCCAGAGCUGUGAGCAGUGCCCUUUUGCUUGUGUGUCACCAGGUCUGUGGCAUCAAUAUUUUGUUACAGCAGCCCGCAUGUACGUACGUACUAAGACCCCCGUGAAGGUGUUUCUCCUAAAACAAAGGAAAAGUUUACGCUUCAAGGAGAAUUCAGUCGUUCACCUUCGGGAGAAUCUGGAAAGAAAACAGAGCAGCAGUAAAAGCUAUUCUUCGAGCCGACGUGGCCCAGCUCCAGCUCAUCGUGUGGGGUCCUGGCUCUUUUCUGAGACCCAAACGUAGACAAGCCCGCCCACCCCAGCUCCUGGAGAGGGCAGUGAAGCCUCAUGUCAAACCCAGAGCUAACUCGGAAUCUCCUGGGGUCGCUCCUGAGAGCAAAGACUCGCCAGCACCUUCCUCUCCGUUGGACGGUCGUACAAGCUUUGGCUGAAACAUUUCACUCAACAAUCAAAGCAACCUGGGGGACCACACGGAGACCUGUCACUGCAGCAUGAGCUACUGACACAGCCAAACCCGCACCAACUGGACGUUGCCCGCCCUGCCCGCCCCCAGACGGCACUGGUCAACAAAUCUUUAUUUCGCCGGAAUUCUAAAGACAGAAGGAGAGAGUUUUGAGAGAGAGAGUACAUCCCACGAGGUCAAUCCAUUAAAAGUCAAGGAAGAAAAAAAUAAAACACAGUAUUCAGACCCUAGAACAUGCCGGAAAAAUGGGCGAAGGACAAGGUGCGUCAUUUCCAAGGACCAGUCUACAUCCGAAAGGAGUUUAGCAGCGUUUGUUAUCCAAAACUGAAAAUAAGCAGAAUUUUAACAGUAAGUCAGAGGUUAAAAUCGACUUUCUGAGGUUGGUGAGCGUGAGUUCACAAACUUUCUCAAGGCUAAUUUAACAGGUUUCAAAAGGCUCAGAUGUGUGCAUUUGGUUUCAUAUACACACACACAAAAAAAUUCUGCUUCUGGGGCUUCCCUGGUGGCGCAGUGGUUGGGAGUCCGCCUGCCGAUG